AUGCGACUUUUACAACGAAGUAACACCGGGGAGUUUAGUUUUAGCGAGAAAUUCGUUGGCAAGGAUACAAUCCCUCCUUAUGCAAUACUCUCACACACAUGGGGUGCGGAUGCUGAGGAGGUCACCUUCGAAGAUCUGACAAAGGGCAUCGGCAAGGACAAGCCUGGCUAUGAGAAGAUCCGGUUCUGUGGGGAACAAGCCAAACAACAUGGUUUGGAAUAUUUUUGGGUGGACACCUGUUGCAUCAACAGGGCAGAUUUGACCGAACUCUCGGAGGCUAUCAACUCCAUGUUUCGCUGGUACCGCAACGCGGAUGGUUGCUAUGUCUAUCUAUCGGAUGUUUCAAGCCCUAUUUUUGACACCAAAGAGGAAUCUAACCUGCAGCCGUGGGAAUCAGAUUUCCGAAAAAGCAGAUGGUUUACUCGAGGUUGGACACUCCAAGAGCUUCUGGCCCCUAGUUCAGUCGAGUUCUUCUCGCAAGAACAUAACCGACUUGGUAACAAAGAAUCUCUAAGACAACAAAUUCACGAGAUAACGGGCAUUGCUGAUUCAGCGCUUCGAGGAGCCACCUUAUCCCAAUUCAGCGUCGAUGAGCGAUUCUCAUGGGCAGAACGCCGCCUGACCAAGCGCGAAGAAGAUAAGGCCUAUUCGUUACUAGGUAUAUUCGAGAUCUGUAUGCCGCUUCUCUAUGGUGAGGGGGAAGAGAAAGCGUUCAAACGGCUUAAGACCUUGACUCAAAGGGAGAAUGAAGACCGGGAAUGCAUCCAACACUUACGUCUUACCGAUCCCCAAGAUGACAAGAAGCGCAUUGAGGAAACCAAAGGCGGCCUGCUGGAGGACUCAUAUCACUGGAUCCUUGAAAACUCCGACUUCCAACAAUGGCGUCACGACCGGCAGAGCCGAUUGCUAUGGAUCAAAGGUGACCCCGGCAAGGGAAAGACCAUGCUGCUCUGCGGGAUUGUCAACGAACUAAAGAAGUCGAUGUUCAAAUCGGAUCUUCUGUCCUACUUCUUUUGUCAGGCCACUGAUUCGCGAAUUAACAACGCCAUAGCGGUGUUACGAGGUUUGUUGUACUUGAUUAUCGAUCAGCAGCCGUCACUCAUCUCCCAUAUACGGAAGAAAUAUGAUCACGCAGGCAAAAUCCUCUUCGAGGAUGCAAAUGCCUGGGUUGCGUUAUCCGAGAUCUUCACAAAUAUUCUGCAAGACCCGAGCUUGAACAGUACCUAUCUGAUCAUCGACGCGCUCGACGAAUGCGUCACAGACUUGCCGAAACUUUUGGACUUUAUCAUCCAGCAAUCGCCUGUAUCUCGUCCUGUCAAGUGGAUCGUCUCUAGCCGCAACUGGCCCGACAUCGAGGAACGGCUAGAGAGGGCCGGACAUAAAGUGAGGCUCUGUCUCGAGCUGAACGCAGAGUCUGUUUCUACAGCUGUCGGUAUAUACAUCCGGCACAAGACACUGCAGCUGGCAAAGCUAAAGAAGUACGACAGCAAAACCCGAGCGGCCGUACUACAGUAUUUGGCCUUAAACGCGAAUGACACUUUCCUCUGGGUCGCUUUGGUCUGUCAAAAUCUCGAGAAGAUCUCACGCUGGAACAUCCUCGCGAAGCUGAACACAUUUCCACCUGGACUCGUCUCUCUUUACGAGCGAAUGAUGAAGCAAAUACACAACUCGGAUGAUGCUGAUCUCUGCAAGCGGAUACUGGCAUUGAUCGCGAUCGUAUACCGACCCAUCACUCUAAAAGAACUAAUAUCUCUUGUCGAGAUGCCUGAAGACAUGGCCGAUGACCAAGGAGCGUUGAGGGAAAUCAUUAGCCUUUGUGGCUCGUUCCUCACUAUUCGGGAAGAUACCAUCUAUUUUGUGCAUCAGUCUGCGAAGGACUUCUUAUUCACCGAGGCGCUCGACGAAAUAUUCCCAUCUGGUAGGGAAGAGGCUCACUAUGUAAUCUUUUCGAAAUCUCUCCAGGUCAUGUCUAGGACACUACGACGAGACAUGUAUAGCUUAGGUGCUUUAGGAUAUGCCAUUGAGCGGGUCAAACAGCCGGACUCAGACCCACUAGCAGCAUCACGCUACUCAUGUAUCUACUGGGUCGAUCACCUCUGUGACUACAAUCCUAACUCUUGUGCAGAUCACAGGGCCAAUCUGCAGGGUGGAGGCGCUGUCGACAGCUUUAUAAGAAAAAGCUACCUUUACUGGCUCGAGGCUCUUAGCCUUUGUAGAAGCAUGUCGAACGGGGUGGUUUCAAUGGCGAAACUCGAGGCUUUAAUUCAGGAAAGAACGGAUGCAUCCGCAUUAAUCGAAUUAAUUCGAGAUGCACGUCGAUUCAUUAUGUAUCACAAGUGGGCUAUAGAAAACAGUCCUCUUCAGGUAUAUGUGUCUGCACUCAUGUUCAGUCCGGCCCGCAGCCUGAUAAAGGGUCUUUUCAAGGAGGAGGAGCCAAAGUGGAUGACGAUAAAGCCGGCUAUAGGAGAGGAAUGGAGUGCCUGCCUGCAGACGCUCGAAGGCCACAGCGGGGGGGUUAACUCGGUCGUCUUCUCUCACGACUCGGCACAGCUCGCGUCAGCGUCUGACGACGAGACGGUCAAGAUCUGGGAUGCAAGCAGCGGCGAGUGCCUACAGACGCUCGAGGGCCACAGCGGGGGGGUCAGGUCGGUCGUCUUCUCUCACGACUCGGCACAGCUCGCGUCAGCGUCUGACGACGAGACGGUCAAGAUCUGGGAUGCAAGCAGCGGCGAGUGCCUACAGACGCUUGAGGGCCACAGCGGGGGGGUUAACUCGGUCGUCUUCUCCCACGACUCGGCACAGCUCGCGUCGGCGUCCUAUGACAAGACGGUCAAGAUCUGGGAUGCAAGCAGCGGCGAGUGCCUACAGACGCUCGAGGGCCACAGCGGGGGGGUUAACUCGGUCGUCUUCUCCCACGACUCGGCACAGCUCGCGUCAGCGUCCGACGACAAGACGGUCAAGAUCUGGGAUGCAAGCAGCGGCGAGUGCCUACAGACGCUUAAGGGCCACAGCGGGGGGGUUAACUCGGUCGUGUCUUCUCUCACGACUCGGUACAGCUCGCGUCGGCGUCUGACGACAAGAUGGUCAAGAUCUGGGAUGCAAGCAGCGGCGAGUGCCUGCAGACGCUCGAGAACAGUAAUGCACUCAUGA